CAAUAAAUGUACAUAGAUAUAUUGUUAUUGUUUACAUUUUUUUAAUAUUAUUUAUUUUUAUCCAACACAUAUACCUAUGUGUAAUUGUUGAAGAGAAUAUUUAUAUCAGUGUGUUUCGCGUUGCCUUUCUCCUCAUUGCUCCUCAUUUUUUUAGUAUUUGCCAACUCGUAAAUAUACAAACAGUGCUCCAAAAACCAAAUAUCAGUGUUCUUUUUACCUGUUCAACUAUAAAAUAACACCAGAUUAAUAUUGUGAUUAACAGCUGCAAUGGGAGACGAAGGAUUCAAUGUUUGUGAAUGCAUAUCAAAUUUUGAAAUGAUGCAGCGUCUGUUGUCACUUCUUCGACAGUCACAGGCUUAUUGCACCGAUAAUGAAUGUCUGAGUUUAUCGCGACUUCCAGCUCCAGAAGAAAAUGGUGAUUUUUUAAUGAUUGGAAUGGCAUUUGCUGUGAUGAUAUUGCUUUAUUUGUUUCGUCCAAAUUCACUUCGUCAAGGACCAAGUGAUGAAAAACAUCAUGGAAAUUCAUCGGCUCAUCAGUCUCAACGACAACUGAUUCAUCAAUUAAUAUAAAUCCAUCUGGUGCAACUCCAGGUGGUAAAGUUUGUUCCAUACAUUCUAGGUUAUGUUUA